AAACCUGUCAGGGAGUUGAGCGGAGAGGACACUGACAAGAAUGGACGUGUUUCAUCUUUAUCAGACAGUUAUUUGUUUUUUGACUGUCUGGGCAAUUGGACUGGCGGUAAAUUGCAAUAAUAAUCAAUUUGAGGGAAAUGGAUUAUGUUGUGAUGUUUGUCCUCCAGGAAAAUAUGUCAAAGAUACCUGCACUAAGGAUAAAACCACUGUGUGUGUCAACUGCUCAGAGGGCUAUUACUCUGAGUACCCUGACAGACUUCCGAGCUGUCUGCCAUGCCUCAAAUGUGAACAGAAUUAUAACCGAAAAUGCACCCUGACCAAAAAUGCAAAGUGCUCAUGUCGAUCUGGUUUCCGGUGCUCAGACCAUGUCUGCUCAAAAUGUGAAGCGGACAAGAAAUGCCAAAAGGGGGAGGAACUGAAGACAACUGGUUCCAGGGAUUAUUCCUUUAAGUGUGAGCCGUGCCCUGAUAACACAUAUUCUGACACAAGGGAGGGUAUCUGCAAGCAGUUUACACGGUGUGGUGACAUUGGUCUCGCUGUGGGAUUUCCUGGAAACAAGACCCACAACUCAAAUUGCCAUGCUCAUGCUCAUGCUCAUGCGCUAAGUGGCACCCUGCAGAUGACAGCCAUUGGAGUCUUCUUGUUUGCCUUUGCCCUCCUGAUAUUUCUCUCCCAAACCUGCAUAAAGAAAAUCAGGCAGAGGAAACGCAAAGCCAUAAACUGUCCCGAAGCAAUCAUCUCAGCAAAUGUUCCAGAAACUUCUUGUUGUCCUCUGUCGAAAGAGGAGAUUGGUAACCAGCUGAUCCAGCAGACCAAGCUAACCUCAGUACAUGACAGGGUUCUCUUCUUGGAACACCAGCAAUCUCUGCUCUAACCAGAAUGGUUAUCAUGGUCAGAUCUCUGAACUGAAAGAGAUUACAUUGAAUUGAAGAUUGCAGGACAUUAAAUUGCUGGUGUUUUCUGUUGAGAUCCUACCCUGCAUUUGGUUUACAGUAGUUACCUUUUCUCAUAUAAAAUACUUUUAAGUGACAAUAUACUAGAGUUUAACUGGUGAACUAAUUGACAAAUCUGACAUCCCUCUGAUCUGACUAAUUCCUCUGAUCAGGGUGGCAUUCUAUGAAAUGUUAUUCUGAUCUUUUCAUGCUCAUUUGUUUGUCUAAAGUGUUUUUUUUUCUUUCUGUUUGUGCUUUGUAGUUUGUUCAUUUAGUUGACUUGCAACUAGCAAGUAAUGUUCUCUGUUUAUAAUUGACAUUUGUCGGUGUGUGCACUGCAUUAAUACUUAAAUGCAGACGUAGUCUUUCACAUAAAUCUUUUCAAUUGGUUUUGUAAAUAAUAACGUGAAACGUGUGAACAGUGACAUAAAAAAGGCUAGGUUAAUGCGAUCAAUACUUUUUUUUCAGAUGACUGGUAUGCAUAUGUUAUGCAAUAAAUGUAUAAAUCAUACUUUUA